AUAAUCGAAUAAUGGGUAUGCAAUGAGGGGAUAAGCAAACGGACUGAGCCAUUGGCACGCAAGUGUUGUUUUUGGAAGACGCUACAAGUCACGACAUUCGAAAGAUCCUCAGCAUGAAAAAAUUCAAACGUUAGCUGCAAAAUUCUGAAGCCAAAACUACAUUGAACAACAAUAAUAAACAGUCAACUUCGCCAGCUAAUAAAACUCUAGGAUUGCUGAUGCUGGUGCUGCCGCAGCAAUAGCCAAUUCUCAACACUCUUUAACAUUUAGAAGUGGUGGAGAACUAGUGUUUUUCCAUUCGGCCUGAUGUUCUCGCUUGGGAAAAAUGCCCCACGGCUUUGGAAAAAUAUGAGCAUUAUAAGGCGAUAUAACAUACAAAAGGCAAAAAAUGCCGGAGCUUAUCAGGACAUCUUGUCCUGUUUUGCGGACCACUAUAUCACUGUUUGCCAAAAGUAAGAGGCUGCAUUUCAUGUUCCAGUCAAUGAGGCUCUUGUCAUUUGUGGCAAAUAUAGGAGGAUGUGCCAUCACCAAACCCAUCGGUUUAAUGUUUUAUUCAUUGGUACAAUUUCCGGAUUUCAUUCUAGCUCCAAUUCGCUCACACUCACGUCUUUCCAUUUGUGUUUUCUUUCUGCCGAAUAAAGAUUUCUCCUUUGCCCUUUUCUUCCGAUACCUCUCCUUCAUCUGGCGCGUUGCUACGGAUUGCAGGGUUGCUCUAUAUGCUGCAUUCUUGGCAUCAGUAGCAUCUUGACACUCUUGGUCGUACCAUGGGUUUCUUGGAGGAGGCUUCCGGUACCCAAGUACGGAUUUUGCAGCAUUUUCCAUGGAGCGGGCGAUAGUUUGCUACUGCACCAUUAUAUCAUCCGAACAAGGAGUGCU